ACCCGCUUUAUUCAUUUAUCCACCAUGAUAGCUUGAAUAUCUCAGCUCUACUAUGGUCAAAGUGGAGGCCGCAGUGGAUGAAUCAAAGAAUGACAUCGCCAAAUUGAACAGAAUGACAACAACGGUUGAAAACCUCAACUCUGCUAUGAACGAGGUGAAGGCUGCAUUGGAUGGAACAAAGAGGGACCUUGCAAAUCUUAAAGAAACUGUUACAACGGUGAAGUGCGCGUCAGAUAGAACCAGUAAUGAACUCGCGGUACUGAACUGUACCAUGACAAAGGUAAAAUCGUCAAAUUGCGGGGUGGGAGGUAGAGUGUUAUUACUCAUGGAGGAGUGGGAGAACACCUUUCAUUAUAAUCAAUUAAUUUGGAGCAACAAGCUGAAAUACAACCCUUUUUCUGGGAUGACUGGGUUUGACAGACGAGAGACCAUGUUGCCAACUUACUGGGAAACUGAGUUCACCAGGAUCUGUCUCGGUAUGAAGAACGGCAAAGAAACCAACUUCAUCGCCAUCAAUAUAACGGCUUCCUCCCUGUUCUCUCUGAUCGCUGAUGGGAAAUACCACCCAACCUCUUUGGGCCGAGACAAAUGGAAGUCGCUACUCCGCUCAAACGCCUCACUACAAUCAAACUGCACCCGGGAAGGAUUCAACGCAUUUUGUGCGGGUGGUGCCUUUAAAUCCAGGGCUAGAAUCGGUAUCAUUGCUAGCCAAGAAAAUCAUUGUCACAGCUGUGAUUCCAGCAUCGGUUUUGGCACAGGAGGUCAUCGUGGUCACUCGAACGCCUGUGGAAUCGUGGCACUGGGUAAAUCGGCAGAAGAUGAUGGGCACAAAAACAUCAAGACCAUGGGAUUCAUUCUCGUUCAAUAAUGUAGUAGUAAUAGCCCCUAGCUGGUUUUUUUUUUUAAAGUAAACUCUCGGGUAUUUUUUCUUAGACAAAAUGUGUUCUUAGGAACGAACAGUUUAUGAAAAGCAAGGCCCAAUUUAAGGUGGUAGAGGAUAGUGUCCGCAGACAACUACCCAAGCAUGUUUUUUUUUUUUUUUAUCUUCAACAGCUUCGCUGCACGUACUUAGACAAAUUAAAUUGCUUGCACGUGAUAAUAUUUGAUGAAUCAUAAAAUGUGAUAACUUAAGAAAAUUUCAA